AUGGAUCGGUCCGUAUCGAUAGCUCCCAACAAUGGAGCGCCGCCGAAAGACUAUGGACCUCGGGCUCCCUUGUACCCAGUCGCAACCGCCAAACGGAGAGCGCACCGGGCUUCCCAGGCUUGCGAUAGCUGCAGGGAGCUGAAAGCGAAAUGCAACGAGGGACGACCAUGCGAGAAUUGUCAAGACAGAGGGGUGGAAUGCCAUUAUCAAGAUCUGCUAGAAAAGCCAAAGGAUAGGACUAUUCUCGAUGCGAUAAAGUCUUUGGAGGCAAGGUUAACAGAGACCUUUCAAGCAGAACUGAAAAAAAUAAUAUUGGCCCCUCCCGUGAGAGACCAAUGCCCCAAAGACGUGGCUACAGCCUCGCUAGAGGGGCUGCCAACACGACACGAAAAGCCUGACUUCGAGGCACCCCUUUCUGUCGAGCAGACCCGAGGAGCUAUACCGGAAAACAUUCACGCGGUCUUGGAAUCGCGGUCUGUCCGUAAAUUGAUGCAGGAUUCGUCCUCCCAGGUCGGGUACGGGAGCGUACUACCAGGGAGGGACACCGAUGAAGCAAUUCGACCGUCAGUUGCUGCUUCCCCUAUCGACGGAUGGAGCCAAGCUUCUACUUUGACGCCGCCACCUUCCAACGAUUGGCACGGGGGCAAUCUGAAUGCUAAACAGAAUCCUCGGUGGAAUCCAGAGACGGUAGAAAGAUACGUACAGAGUUUCAAGCACAACGUCCUCGACGUCUAUCCCUUUAUCGACCCAAUAGAGCUUGAUGACAUGAUCUCUGCAUUUCUGCGCACCGAAAUUUGCGCUGCCUCCCCGUUUGAGGCUCGAACGGCGGGGCAAAAGAGAAAGCGAUCAUUCGUGGCGGAACGAUAUUCUCCAAUUCCAAAUCACGGGCGUCUCUUGCAGACCGAAGAAUACGCUCUUUGUUUACUCGUCCUAGCUCUUGGUCAACUCUGUAUUCGCCGAGACGAGAUUUCCGACGCUGCUGAGGACUCUAAAGCGCGAUCUCGUAACCAUUUUCGGCCGUCACCCAACUCGCCGACUUCGCCAGAAGAGGACAGAAACGGGGGCACACAUGCAAGAGCAAGCCGACGGUCUUCUUUACCAAGUGCUGUUCUUAUGCGCGCGAGUCCAUAUCCGUAUUCAGGGGUGCCCAACCAAGGUGGGAUGUCCAACUUGGACUAUUUUACGCUUGCGAUGGGCACUGGCCAGAUGAGUCGUUUCUGUCAGUGCCAGCACGUAUGCAAUCAUGUCUCUAUCCAUCUUCUGGUCGGUUUCUACUACGCUAGUCUAGGGCGCCUUCCGGAGAGCUGGUCCUACAUUUCUCUAGCAAGCCAGAGAAUACAAGCUAUCGUCCCAUGCACACUUGAUCGAAUACUUCGCUACCAAAUAGGUAGUUCAUAUGCCGGGGAGUCGACCAAGGAUAACCAGCUCAUCCUUGAUUUUUGGAUAUGUCUGGGACUAGAGGGUGAUAUUCUCGUUACAUUGCCUAUGCCUCCGUCAGGCCUCCGACAGCACGAAGCACAGAUGCCGUAUCCAAACCUAAAACUUGCCACGAGUCGAGGCGUUCCCAGGCAUGCCAUAGAAUCUUACAUAGCUCAGCUAUACCUUCGGAAACAGCUGGCCCUCGUACACGAUUCAUUCAAACAUACCAAAUUCACGAGCCGAGAAGACGCCAUUAAGGUGCUGCAAGGGGCACUCAAGGAUACGAGAGAUACGAAACAAACAUGGGUGCCCCAAGGCUCGCGAUGGAAAGACGGCGACCCUCCGACGAAGGAUGCACCAUCCGCAAGGCUUCGUGCAAUGUACUGGAUAACACAAAUCGUUCUAUACAUCCCCUUUCUCAGAGUCGUGCUCGAAAGUGAGGCCGUUCCUGCGAAUCUCUACCCGGUGCCGCCACCAGUUGAUACCUGGAUCGGCCCCGACGUAGACGAUGUCAAAAUCAAGCAGGACACCAGGACGAUAUCGUAUGCCAAGCUAGCCAUCGAGGCUUUGGUCGAGAACACGCGGGCAUUUCACGGGAUUGAUCGAUCACACUUGGUGAUACUAAACUUGCUAAACAUGGCUCAUACCCAAUGCAAGAAUCUUCUGAUUCUAGCCGCCUGCUCCUACGACCCCAUCCUCUCCGAGUUCAUCGACCGUGAGACCUUGCGCACUCUAUUCGAUUGGACUAUAUCCUUGAUCCAGAUGAUUCCUUAUCCGAGCAGCGAACUGGUGGCUCAGACAAGAAACCUCAUUCACGCGGAGAAGCACCUGGGUUUCACACACGGGUGA